AUGGAUCUAACUUACAUUCCCAAAGACUUAUCCAGUUGUCUCAACUUUGGAAAUAAAUCCUGCCCUCCCACUCAUCGCUCUUUUUACGUCCGAGUGAUAAUGUAUUCAGUUAUGACUGGAGCCAUGGUUAUCACCAUCUUUGGAAACUUGGUUAUAAUGAUCUCCAUAUCACAUUUCAGACAGCUUCACUCUCCUACAAACUUUCUGAUCCUCUCCAUGGCAACCACGGAUUUUCUGCUGGGUUUUGUCAUCAUGCCAUACAGCAUGGUACGUUCAGUGGAGAGUUGCUGGUAUUUUGGGGAUGGUUUUUGUAAAUUCCAUGCAAGUUUUGACAUGAUGCUAAGCCUAACCUCCAUUUUCCACCUCUGUUCCAUUGCUAUUGAUCGAUUUUAUGCUGUGUGUGACCCUUUACACUACACAACCACAAUGACAACCUCAAUGAUAAAGCGAUUGCUAGCAUUUUGCUGGUCCGCCCCAGCUCUGUUUUCAUUUGGUUUAGUUCUAUCUGAGGCCAAUGUUUCUGGUAUGCAGAGCUAUGAGAUUCUUGUUGCUUGCUUCAAUUUCUGUGCACUUACUUUCAACAAAUUUUGGGGAACAGUAUUGUUCACUACCUGUUUCUUUACUCCUGGCUCCAUCAUGGUUGGUAUUUAUGGCAAGAUUUUUAUUGUUUCCAAACGACAUGCUCGAGUCAUCAGCAACAUGCCUGAAAACACAAAAGGGGAGGUGAAAAAAACCUUAUCUAAGAAAAAAGACAGGAAAGCAGCUAAGACGCUGGGUAUAGUCAUGGGGGUGUUUCUGGCUUGUUGGUUGCCCUGCUUUCUUGCCGUUUUGAUUGACCCAUAUUUAGACUACUCCACUCCCAUAAUUGUGCUUGAUCUUUUGGUUUGGCUUGGGUACUUCAACUCCACUUGCAAUCCCCUCAUUCAUGGCUUUUUUUAUCCAUGGUUUCGAAAAGCUCUUAAGUACAUUGUGUCAGGGAAAAUAUUUAGUUCCCAUUCAGAAACUGCUAAACUGUUUCCUGAAGCACAUUAA